AUGGAAUGGGAGCCAAGUAAGUAGAACUGGCCAAUACGGUAAAAAUGAUAAGGGGAAAUUAAAACAUUCAAGCGUUCGUGCCAUUCUAUUUCUAGCCUACGGGAAAAUACGUCUAUCACGAAUGGUAGUCGAUUAUUAAAUUCGUUUUGCGUUAGUUACGUUGUUUAUAUUUUCACAUGGUGGUGUUCUUCAAUUACUCAUUGCACGUGAUAACAGUGUGGUGUGCCCACUAGGACAUCAACGUCACUAUUCACAUGAUAGUAUUUGGCCAAUAGCUAUCGAGAUAAGGGUUUUGGAGGGAAAAUCGAAGCAUAUUUUACAUCCUUUACGCGGCAAAUAAAGGUCACUUUCAGCGACCGAAUUGUGACAGUGGAUUCGCCGUUUUUUAUAUCCUGCGGAUAUUUCAGUACGUAUGUCUAUUCCUUCAAUUGGAUGUUUUUCUAUGUAUUAAUGCUCUAGUUUCUCUAGAGAAAUCCUCUCUUAUCGCAUUGAUGAAUUCAUAAACAAUUUUAUUGUCCAUCACAGGCGAGAGAGGUUCAACAGUCGAGUCACAAGUCGUACGAUUCAUCAGUUGUCUUCGAGUGGUAAGUCUUGUUCAAUUGCAACUGUAAACGCUUCAGAAUAAUCUGGUUACUAGAAACCGGGAGGUGUCAAAACGUUGGCAUACGUACAGACAUUAAUUUUGUUACAUAUUGAAAUGUACACGAUUGUCCAAAAUUUCCGCUCGAACAAGCGCGAUCCCCGCGCGCGAUAAUUCUUGGUGGUGAAUGCGCUUUCCCUUUUUCCUUGGACAUCUGGCCAGUACGGAAAGAGUGAUACAGGAAAAUCAAAGUGUUCAAGUGUUAGUGCCAGUCGGUUCAAGUAAAUCGUGCAAUGAUUAUUUUCGUUGUGAAACGGCGGCGUUCUUCAAUUACUCACUGCACGUGAUAACGUUAUUGUGCCUGCACGGCCCACCAGGACAUCGACGUCAUUAGGCACAUGAUAGUAUUUGGCCAAUAGCUACCGAGGUAAGGGUUUUGGAGGGAAAAUCGAAGCAUAUUUUACAUCCUUUACGCGGCAAAGAAAGGUCACUUCCAGCGACCAAAUUGUGAGAGUGGAUUCGACGUUUUUAUAUCCUGCGGAUAUUUCAGUACGUAUGCCUAUUCUUUCAAUUGGACGUUUUUCUAUGUAUUAAUGCUCUAGUUUCUCUGGAGAAAUCCUCUCUUAUCGCAUUGAUGAAUUCAUAAACAAUUUUAUUAUCCAUCACAGGCGAGAGAGGUUCAACAGUCGAGUCACAAGUCGUACGAUUCAUCAGUUGUCUUCGAGUGGUAAGUCUUGUUCAAUUGCAACUGUAAACGCUUCAGAAUAAUCUGGUUACAAGAAACCGGGAGGUGUCAAAACGUUGGCAUACGUACAGACAUUAAUUUUGUUACAUAUUGAAAUGUACACGAUUGUCCAAAAUUUCCGCUCGAACAAGCGCGAUCCCCGCGCUCGAUAAUUCUUGGUGGUGAAUGCGCUUUCCCUUUUUCCUUGGACAUCUGGCCGGUACGGAAAGAGUGAUACAGGAAAAUCAAAGUGUUCAAGUGUUAGUGCCAGUCGGUUCAAGUAAAUCUUGCAAUGAUUAUUUUCGUUUUGAAACGGCGGCGUUCUUCAAUUACUCACUGCACUUGAUAACGUUAUUGUGCCUGCACGGCCCACCAGGACAUCGACGUCAUUAUUCACAUGAUAGCAUUUGGCCAAUAGCUAACGACAAAAAGGUUUUGGAGGGAAAAUCGAAGCAUAUUUACGCGCCAAAGGCCACUUUCACCUGCCAAAUUAUGAGAGUAGAUACCGCGUUUUAUAUUAUGCGAUUAUCUUAGUACGUAUGCCUGUCCUUUCAAUUGCAUGGUCUAGUUCAAGAAAGCCUUUUUUAUCUCAUUUCUGAAUUCUUAAAUAUUUUUAUCAUGCAUUAAAUUACACAGGCGAGAGAGGUUCAACAGUGGACGAGUCUUACGAGUCAUUAUUUGUCUUCGAGUUCGAGUGGUAAGUCUCUCUCAUUUGUAAGUAUAAGUGUUUCAGUAUAAUCUGGUUCCUCUGUUUCCGCGAAACAGGGAGGUCUUAAAACGAUGGCAUAUGUACAUAUAUUAACUUUUUUAUACAUAUGUAAAUGUACAUGAUUACGCCUAAUUUUAGCGAUUCAUGCUCGGGUGAAAAUGCUCGCCCGAUAGUUUUUUUUUGAGGUGGCGGGAGGGGGGUGCCCUUCCCUUUCCCAAAUAGUCGCUAAUUCAUUUUCUGUGAGAUGUUAAGUAAGGGCUGCUACGUGCGAAAUAUAAUGAAGAAAUGAUUUAAGACUUUCUAUGUACUACAAACGGAUGUGACGUAUUUAAGAUUCCAUAACAUUACGAGCCGUGCUGUAAAUACGUUUUCAAAAUAAAAGAAGUUUACUUUUUUAACUUACCGUACAGGUGCCAAUCUUCCCUGCAAUUUCGCGGACGGUGUAAAGAACAAAACAAAGGUGCGAAGGUGAGGUACCAGUCACUGUUCACGUGCACAUGUACGUACAUUUAGCCCAUAAAACAGAACAGAGGUUGGAUGCUCAAAAAAAAAACAAAAAACCUAAAGGAUACCAAAGUGGGCACUGCCCAGUAUUUAUUCAGCUGAUUAAUUGUUUGACCUCUAAAGGUCUAAAAAGACAUCCAAAUGAGAGUUGUGGCGAUUUGCAUAAUUUGCAUUAAAUAUGUCAACAUUGAAUGCCACAUACAUGCAUACAUGCAUGCAGAUAUACAUUCAUAUUCAUUGGCUCGUCCCCACAGGGCUUUUCAGAGUCAAUGUUACAGUAGUAAUAUUAAACACAGAAAGCUAAAACACGAAAAAUAAGUAAGUAAGUAAAGGAGGUGUCCAGAAAAAGUGGUCUUGGGUGACGCUUAGGAUGCUAUCAAAUUCAAAAUUUUUUGUGCAUUAUUUCCCCUAAGCGAUACUUGAAUGGGAAAAAAAAGUUUCUUUUCCAUCCCCAACAUCCUGAGUGCCAAAUCUGCAAUUUACAGCCCAAAGGGAGACAAUGAGCAUCCUGUCACUAAGAUGGGAGUUGUCCCUGGGGGCUGAAUACUUUUUAAAGAAUUGCAAAUUUUUUUCCACACAGAUGAGCCAACCAGAAUUUGUAUUCAAUGAGAGGACCAUGGGUAUCAUGGGACAAGAUGCAAAGGGGAAUAGGAAGUACUUUGAAAAAGCGAGCUUUUCCCUAACACUAUUAAAGCAUGUUGACGCAGGAGGCCAGGACAGUGGUUUUCUCUGUCUUGUGAAAUGUUCCAUCACUGGGGAAGAUAGGUAUCACAUUAUUUAGUGUUAUAUUAUGUUAGUAUAUCCAUAUUUGCAGAAGUAUCAGUACACGUUGAAAUCUUCUGCAAUGCUUCUUCAAAUUACAUUAUAUUUUACUAAAGCCUCUUGCAAAUGGAAGGAGGCUUAUUUGAUUCAAGUCAUUCAAGUGGAGAAGUAGUGGGUGGGCUUAUUCCUUUAGGACUUGGAUAAGUGUUAAAUCAGAUAUACAUCAAUAUCAUUAUGCCAUAUCAUAGAAAUGAUACUUGCUUGUUCAAAAGAGGUGCAUUUAUUCACUUUUUUAAAAUUGGAGCCAAUCUCCAAAUAUAAUGAAGUCAUUUACUGAAAUUUACUGUGAACAUGCCAUGCCAUGCCAAUACACCCAUAUAUUGAAACUUUUUUGAGGCAAUAAUCACUCAUAGUAGUCAUUUCUUUUCUUUUUUUUUUAGAAAAUGCUUCUUCAGGACAAAUAAAGUUCUAAAUGGUGGGGUUAGCAAGUUUAUUGAGGAGUUGAAUCAGUCUUGCAAAUCUGGGGUAUUGAUGUGUGAGUUCGAUUCUUCCCAGUUUAGAAUGUUCUUGCGGGACAUAAUGAAGUCUUAUUUUCGGUAAGUCAUAUGUAAAAUAGUAAUCAAAAUAAUGUAAGGAUCCUCUCCUUAUCUGAUUAGGACAUUUGAGUGAACUCAGUGUUGUCCCAAGUUGCCGGGAAAAUACAACAAGUUGACAGGGAAUCAAACAGCUAGAAGUUUCUUUUGGUUUUAUUUUUCUUCUAUUUUCCAUUAAAAGUAGCCAGGGUUCAAACUCAUAGUAGCCAGGGGAAAUCCCCGGCCCCCGGCUCUUCAUGACAAUUACCCUGUGAACUGAUUAACGUAUAAACAAUUUUGCUAGUCGAUGGUUAUAGAAAUUCAUGCUUCAACAGUAGUCUGCCUGCAAGUCAUGAUUAUUAAUUCAGACUAUCAAACAAAACGAUUGUUUUAAUUUAAUAAAAUAAUUAUUAUCAUUACCAUGAGACCCCUUUUGAAGAUACACGAUUAGCAACAAUUUAUUAAGUUCUAUGUUAACUCUACUUACAAAAAUUUGACAGUCUGACACAGUUUCUCAUGAGUGAAUAGUUGUCGAGGUGAAGCUGUUUUAAUUAACAGUCACACUUGGUUUGGUGCUAUGCUUAGGGGGGUAAACUGAACCCCCCUCUCCCACCCCCCUACUGGAUCUGCCCCAGCACUUAGAAUGUCCAAUAGCCUUCCUUGCUGGGGCCAUGGAUAUUUUAUGGAACCAGUGACAAAAUAACUUGAAAGUCUAAUUUUUUAAAAGUUUACUUUCAAAUUUUAUUUUGUUCUGAACAGAAACUGUGAAAAUGAGAACAGGAGAAAAACUUUUAAAGCUGCAAAAACUAUUGGCAGACAAGAGGGUUCUAAAGUCUGGGUAAUCAACGAGUCCAUUCACAUAGAUGAUAAAGGUGACAUUGUCCCAGAGGAAGAGAAGGAGUUUGUGUGGAUAGAUGACCUCUUUGAUGAUAACGUAAAGACUCAGGAGGUCAUCUAUCCGUUCACACCACAAGCCUUAACCGAUGUUUUGCGUGGGUUAAAGGAGACCCUGCAUGGGAACUUUAUAGCAUCUUUUCUAGCAGUGGGUAGGUUUAUUACCUUUAUAACAAAAUGAAGGUUACUAGGGAUUUCAAAUUAUAGCAACUCAAGCUAUAACAGGACGUCGUUUGUUUUAGGCUCUACAGGUCAUGAUAGUUUUUGCAUUAUGAUUGUUGGAAGUAACUAGUACCAUCUACAGACACUAAACUAAUAAACAUUGACAAACAAGGAAGGAAGUAAUAUUGGCAUAAGGUACCCUUUUUUUUCCUUUAUUUUUUCUGCAGCUGGCAGUACAUUAGGCCUGCACUAUGAAUCCAUUAUAGAAGCAGGCCUACAUUUCCCAGUCCCAGUUAUCUGUGGUGAACACAGACUGGGUAAAACAAAAACUGCUAGGGUAGCUCUCCGUCUAAUGGGCAAUGACAAGCAGUUCUUUUCAUCAGCACGGGAGCGUUUUAUUCCACGUCUUUGCUCCAGGUCAACCUUUCCUCCCGUGCUGGAUGAUAUAAAGAACACCCAUCAGCUCGGAGAGCUUGCCCUAGCAUACUUCGAUGGAGGCAAGGAUGGCACAUGUAGCCGUGAAAUGACACCAAAGACUUGCCCAGUGGUAACAGUCAACUGGGAAGCACUGGAGGGGCUUCCUCAGGAUUAUAGGUAUGCUAAAUAUAAAUACAAUUAAAUUAAUUAAAUUCCAUAUUAAACAGGUCUAAAUAUUCAAAGCAAUUAGCAAUUAGCAUUUCUACUAAUACUGGUCACAUAAUGUAUUGAGCCAACAUCUGAAAGUUGAUCAUGCAGUCAUGAAAUUUUUCUCUGUAAUUUACAUAAUUUAUUGAACAUUUGUAAUACAUUAAUAUGCUGAAAUUAUAUUUUUUACACUGCUGUACAGACGCCCUCUUGGUUUUUUCCUCUUCCAACAGACCCGCUAUAUUGUGGUCUUCAGAAAUUAAAAGAAGAUUACAACCUAAUAUCGUUAACUUUUCAACAGGAUUGCCAGCCGCUUGAUCAUGAUACCCUUUGUUGUGGGGCCCAGAAGCCCCAGCGGACUCCAAGCCCAAUUGCAGGCUGAAGAAAGACUGCAAGAGCAGAUGGCAAAUGCUCCCAGGGCCCUGGGACCAUUAAUUGCCAUCAACAUCUCCACUGUUUUCAACCGGAGUAAGGACAUAAAAGCCCUUCUCACAGAGGAAUUCAUGGACAUCGAUGACAGGGUGAUGGAAAAUUACUCUCUCCUUUUGUCAAUGGGAGUAGAGGUAAGUGGCCAUCAUCAGAAGUUCCAAAUUGCUAGUAAAUUAUGUCUCCUAAAAAGUGAGUUAUUAUUCAAAAAGGGUCUAUCAAAAACUUGUUGUAGGGAUGGCCGGUCUUUUACAAACAAAUUAAAAGUAAAGGGAGAUUAUAUCAAAUUUGCUGCAUGGGUGCCAAAAAAAAGCCUCCAAAAGGAAAAGUCGGAUCAAGUAAACUACAAGAAACAUGACAAUUUGAUUACUUUUUGAUCCAAAAAACCCCAAUGGAAAAAUAAAAAUUCCGUUCUUAUCAAGUGUCUCAUUCUUGGUCUUGGAGAAUUAUGCUCAUAAAUUAAUACUGGUGGAUAAGAAAAUUUCUUAUUGCAUUCAAUGCAAUAUUUUUAACAGUCACUAAGCUAACCUCCUGACAGUUGAAACCACCAACUGAAAAUAAUUCAUAUGUUAUAAGCACCAAAACCAUAAUAUUGUUAAGGUCAUAAUAAUUAAAUUGUCUUUAAUCGUUAAUCGAGAUACCAUUAACUGUUUUAAAAAUUUAUGACAAUCAAAUUUAGGGUACUAGUUCUACCUUAUCUUUCCUUUGCAGCUUAUCGAUAUCGUUGAUGAUGAAGCAAUUGUUAACACCAAAAUGCUGGAAGAGUACUUUGAACAUACCGUUUAUCCCAUGUGUGUAAAAAAGUACCAAACCAAGUUACAGGGAAAUGGUGCCAGCACAGAAGAUGGAGGGCCUUUCAUUGUGUCGUUAAUAAUGGAGGCCAUUCAUUGUAAUGACUUGACAAGGGGCAAGGUACAUUAGAUAUUGCCUAUGAAUUAUUGAUAACCUUUAAAGAAGUUUCCUGCUACAAUCAAAACUGCAUGUUGCUGCAGAAUUUAAAAAUUCAUUAAAAAAGUAUCAUGGGUCAGCUUAAUUGCAAAGUAUUGAUGUUUCGCACGUGGAUUUCACAUUGAAUGGGUUCAAUUCCAAUAGAUAGGAUGGUGCAUUUCUAUUUCAAGGUGUUUUACCUGUCUUAUUUUUGCUUGGCUUUCUAUUACAACUGGUUGUUGUAAAUUGGUUUUUCCUUGUGAAAAACCACAUUAUACAUUAUUAUUAUAAAUUAUCAUAAAUUAUUUAAAUCAAAAUUGAUAGUUGUGAAUAAUUAUACUUAAUCCCACCCUCUCAGUCGUAGGUUAGGGAAUUAGGUAAAUGUUUAAACCCACCACACACCCAGUCCCUGUUCUUCAACUAGUUACAAUAUAUAUAAAUUUUUUUUUCAGCUCUUGACCUGCAUCAACCCUUGCAUUACCUUCAAAAUGAAAACACAUGAACAAGGGGAAAUGAAAUGCAAUGGACUUGCUGUGGCCCUGGGUCCUUUCCUCGCAAUGCUUUCUAAUCAUGGCUUGGACACUCUGGCACCCCAAGACCGCAUAAAGCAAGAAAUAAAGAAUCAUGGGCUUGGGUUAACCACAAACUGUAAACAGGUUUUCAACAACAACGAGGAUGGAUCUACCAUUUCCAGAGCAAAAGAGGCCAAACAAAGCACUUCUUUUAAGUACUGCAUUUUUCUUAAAAGAAGUGUGUUUGGACCAGAAGCAUGGGAGGAAUUUGCCACAUGUAAUAAUAAUGUUAUUAUUACUCUAUAAUUUGUGUUACUUAACCACAGGAAAAAAAAAAAAUUAUUUGCUAUUCUACAAUAAUUUUUGGUAUACAGAUGCUUUAAUAAUGAACAAAUUUUAUCAACAGAUGUUCUUAUCGGUACAAUCACACUAUAUGAACUUCUGAUACUCCUCAGGGUGUAAAAUGUAUAUAUAUAUAUAUAUAUAUAUAUAUAUUAAAAGCCUGCCCUUCAGGCAACCUGCAACUAGCAUGCCAGUAAUAGCCCGAAUGCCAUUUCAACUGGUCCUAGGUUUUUUUGGAAGUAGGAUUAAUCUAAUCACUAAUUACUGUAAGUAGUCCAUUAGACCAUUAGUUGAAAAUAGUUUUCAGUUUACCUGUUUUACCAGAAUCAAGGAGGUACUGAAUUGAAAUUUUAUGUGGCCGUUUGAAAUUUCCUUAAAAACUUUCACUUACCCAUUGGGGUAGUAAAACACGGAAUCCACAAGCCCGAUAGCAAAAUCCACUAGCCACGGGCACCCUGCUCCUGGGUUUAAACCUAUCACAGUGUACUGAGAUAUGGAAAUACUUUUCACCAUCUAUUUCUACAGAUUUUGGAUUAAGCAAGACUACAACAGUUGUAGCAUCACCACCGGUUACAGUGACACCAGCCACAACAGUAUCACCAACAGCAAUGGUAUCACCACCAGUUAUGGUGACACCACCCACAACUGUGUCACCUCCUGUUACACUGACAGCACUAAGUACGUUAUCAUCACCAGCUACAGUGACACCAACCACAGUACCACCAACAGCAAUGGUAUCAACACCACUUAUGAUGACACCACCCACGACGGUGUCACCUCUUGCUACACUGUCAGCACUAAGUACGCUAUCACCACCAGUUACAGUGACACCACCCACAACAGUAUCACCAACAGCAAUGGUAUCACCACCAGUUAUGGUGACACCACCAACAACCGUGUCAUCUCCUGUUACACUGUCAGCACUAAGUACGCUAUCCCCACCACUUACAGUGACACCACCCACAACAGUAUCACCAACAGCAAUGGUACCACCACCAGUUAUGGUGACACCACCAACAACCGUGUCAUCUGCUGCUACACUGUCAGCACUAACUACGCUAUCACCACCAGUUACAGUGACACCACCCACAACAGUAUCACCAACAGCAAUGGUAUCACCACCAGUUAUGGUGACACCACCCACAACUGUGUCAUCUCCUGCUACACUGCCCGCACUAAGUUCGCUAUCACCACCAGUUACAGUGACACCAGCCACAACAGUAUCACCACCAGUUACGGUGACACCAACCACGACUGUGUCACCUCCUGCUACACUGUCAGCACUAAGUACGCUAUCACCACCAGUUACAGUGACGCCAGCCACAACAGUAUCACCACCAGUUUUUAUGGUGACACAACCCACAACUGUGCCACCUCCUGCUACACGGUCAGCACUAAGUACGCUAUCACCACCAGUUACAGUGACACCAGCCACAACAUUACCACCAACAGCAAUGGUAUCACCACCAGUUAUGGUGACAUCACCCACAACUGUGUCACCAACAGCAAUGGUAUCACCACCAGUUAUGAUGACACCAUCCACAACUUUGUCACCUCCCGCUACACUGUCAGCACUAAGUUCGCUAUCACCACCAGUUACAGUGACACCAGCCACAACAGUAUCACCACCAGUUAUGGUGACACCACCCACAACUGUGUCACCUCCCGCUACACUGUCAGCUCUAAAUACGCUAUCACCACCAGUUACAGUGACACCAGCCACAACAGUAUCACCACCAGUUUUUAUGGUGACACCACCCACAACUGUGUCACCUCCCGCUACACUGUCAGCUCUAAAUACGCUAUCACCACCAGUUACAGUGACACCAGCCACAACAGUAUCACCACCAGUUUUUAUGGUGACACAACCCACAACUGUGUCAUCUCCUGCUACACUGUCAGCACUAAGUACGCUAUCACCACCAGUUACAGUGACACCACCCACAACAGUAUCACCACCAGUUUUUAUGGUGACACAACCCACAACAGUAUCACCACCAGUUACAGUGACACCACCCACAACUGUGUCACCUCCUGCUACACGGUCAGCACUAAGUAUGCUAUCACCACCAGUUGCAGUGACACCAGCCACAACAUUAUCACCAACAGCAAUGGUAUCACCACCAGUUAUGGUGACAUCCCCCACAACUGUGUCAUCUCCUGCUACACUGUCAGCACUAACUACGCUAUCACCACCAGUUACAGUGACACCACCCACAGCAAUGUCAUCUCCUGCCACAGCAUCAGCACAAACUAUGGUUCCACCGCCAGUUACAGCAACACCACCUGCAGCAGUGUCACCUCCUGCUACAGUGCCACCACCACUUUCACCAGGAUUAAAUGAUAGUGGUAUUGGAUUAUUAGUUGGUGAGUUAAAUCAAAUAUUUGAUACGUACUUUUAUGAAAAUUUUUAUUAAUCUCUUUUCAAGAUCAAAAAUGUUGUGCAAUGAUUAAUAAUGUUACUGUAUAAAUGAGAACAAUAGUUUCCAUCUGCAGUGGGUGAGGACCAAAAAAUAAAAGUGAACUUACUGAUGCAUGAGACAAACGUUGUCAGCUAUUAUUAAUCUCAAAAGGAAAACAAACAGAAUAAUAGUUGCUUUGUAGAGACAUUUCAACCGCAAAUAUAUAAUUACAGUUUUCACUGAACAAAGACAUUUAAAACUUAUAUUACCUUAAGCUUCUGAGAUAUCUUGAAUUUCACUGACUUUUACAUUGUUCAGAUAUUAAAUGCAUGAAAUCUUAUUUUGAUGUCCACCAGUGGAAUGUGAUCCAAUCAAUGAGGAAGAUCUAAAGAGAACUGUAUGUGGAGGUCAAUCAAAGGAAAAUAACAAAAAGACGAACAGAAAAAAGAGAAGAACAUCAGGUAGCUAGAACUUGCAUCAGGUGCAUUGGAAAUCAACCAGUUAUCUCCUGUCAUGUUAGCUUGCACUUUUUUCCUGGGUGUUGUAAACAAGGCAGUCUAGAAUUUGAUAAUAGAUACUUAAGUUUAAAGGAUAAUAAGGCAUUACCAUUCAACAGCACUAAAAAAAAUAUGUAGAUAACAUAGCAUGUAAAAAAAAAUGAACAAACUCAGCUGGAAGGUGAGACCAAUUGCAAUGAAUUAAUGAAUAAUUACCAGCCAGUUGUUGUCUGGGAGACAUAAAUGGUGACAUGAAGCUGCAAUUUUGUCCUUGAAAAGUAUUAGUUUUAGUUUGCUUUGCCUUGUAAUCAUUAAAUUAUAAGGCGGUUCGUUUACGAAGAUAUCCAGAUUUAACAUUUUAUCUAAUGAUACUACUGUCUCCUUGCCACAAUGGUUUCCACUAUUAUUUAAAGUAAGUAUUAGUAGAACUUAUUUAUUAUGCCAGAUUGUGCAGCCUGCACAAUAGAUUAACAUAAUAAUCUCAUUUUCAUUCCCACCACUAAAGAUGUAGCCGGGACUGUACUGCAGCCAGGAAAAAUGUCAACACAUACAGUUAAGGCACAUGCUAAAAAAAGAAAAGUAGCGGCAGGUAUUUACAUCUCUACUUAUUAUUAUUAUUAUUAUUAUUUGUAUUUGAAGUGAUGUUUUUUUGGAAUGAUGGCCGGUAUACAAAAAAAUAAAAUAAAAUAAAAUACAUCACUUCUCAAUACAUAAAAAAAAUACUUCAUUGUGCCUCCAUCUUGGACUACUGUAGUUAGUGACAGGGGUUAAGUGUGCUAUUCCAAUAAUUAUGGAUUGUCUGUUGCCUCGACAUUUUAGUGGAAACCCAGGAAACCGUGUUAUUAGUUUGCCACCAACAGUCUUGUUGACCAUAACUCGUUAUGAAGUAUCAGUGCAAUGCCAGUAUGCAAGGCUGAAUUCGCUUCUAAAUAUUAUGAUGUUUGAUACAUUGCACUGAACCAUGGUACAUGUGGUACAAUAAUCAAGUUGUGUCAUUUGAUGUGAUCCAUCAUUUACUUUAUGAUUCCUUUUUAUUUUUAUGUAUAGAAGAUGGUACUGAUUACAAGUUCUGUUUUUGCAAAAUGGUAAGUCCUACCAGAGCAGUCUUAAGUUAAUAUGUAGACAUUUCUUGAUUGAAAAAACUAUGACUUAAGGCCAAGGUGUCAAUCCCAUGAGCAGUCUUUUCCAUGCCCUGCCAUCUCGGUGCACCAAUAGGAAUAAUCCAUGUAUAUAUAAACCUGUCAUAUAGCUCGUAACACUCUUUUUAUUUUCUAACAGGAUAAUUUUAUUUUCCAACAGGAGAAAUCAAAACCUGAGGAAGACAACAUGAUUGUAUGCGAGAACAGAAAACGAAAAAAAGAAACCAAGGUAAUUACUUAAAGUAGAUUUUCCGCAAACAUUUAUGUACAGAUUUUUUGUUCAAGAAGUAUCAUUUUAAGUUGAAAUAAGCAUAAGUAAUUUUAAGAACUAGCUCAUUAGUUGAUGAAUAACAAACCAAGACAGAAUCCACGAGGAAAGUGGGUAUAAUUUCAAUUUUAAUGUUAAUUUAACGCAUAUUGCAUCGACCUUUUUACAUUUUUUAAGAAAAUUUUUUCUGGGAGACCUAGAAAGUGAAUGUCAACUUUAAAAAACUUACAUCUUACUCAUGAAAAUUUCACAAAAUGUUUUCACAAAUCUUGUGAAAUUUGAAAUUUCUUUGGUGUUAUUACAGAUAACUAAUUAAAUCUUUAACCCUUGGAAAAUUUUAAAUUCUAAUGUGCAUUAACUAUGUCAACAACAUGUAAUUAAUGUGAUGCAAAAAGAUUAUUGACAAGUUUUAAUACACGCUUAAUAUGAUAUAUUUUCAGUGUCCAGGAAAUCGCUAUUAUCACUUGCAAUGCCUUAACCUGGAAGAAGUGCCAGAAGAAAAUCCAUGGUUAGUUUAAAUUUGCAACUAUUCAAGUGUAAUUGACUCUAGGCUAGGAAGGUCAAUAUUAAAUAUAAUUUUUAAGAGAAAAUUAAGCUAGCGGUUUUUUGAGUUGGGUAAGCAAAGGUCCUAAAAUUAUGACAAUCAGUAGUAUCCAUUAAUUGAAAGAAAACAAUUUAAUAUAUUACUGUAAAGAAAAUAGCAGACGGACACUCCUUUUUUUCGUCAAAACUAAUUGUAAAGAAUUGGCCAAUUCCAACCAUGUGAAAUAAAAGCAGAUACAUAAUCAUUUUUACAUGAAAAUAUGUGGGUGUGAUAAAAAUAGUUAUGAUUGAAAGUAAAGAAAAUUUCAUAUGUUUUGCAGCUUCUCUUGACACUCAAAUUCGUUUGCCCUCUAAGCCAACCAUUGAACAUGCCAUCUUAGCUCUGAGAGAAAGGGAAACAGUUUGCCUCUAAAACAAAUUAAAUAAUCUCUUGCCUUGUACUUUUCAGGUUCUGCCCUCUCUGCAAGGAAAGACUGCGAACUUAACUAAUGGCAAUGUUUAG